CUAUAGCAGGCAACCGCGGACUCGACACUCAAAUGCCUUCAGCCAUCGUCAGCAAUGGCACUGGCCAUCAUGAUUCACUCUGUGAUAGGAGAAACGACACAUAUGAGUCAACUCUCCAAAGUGACUCAAUUCCUCCUCAUCCACUGGGGCUCAAGCCAUUAGGCAACCAGUAUUUCUUCACGGGUCGCAAUGCGAGGCGCUCAAUUGGGAGCUGGAGACUUCUGCCAGACGAGGUUAUCUCGCUUGUACUAGAGCAGUUUGAUGCUGUGGCUCUCCUGAAGCUUGGCCACACCUGCAAAUUCUUAUACGCCUUUUGCCACUCCGAUGAAUUUUGGAAGCCUAUCUUUCUCCAGUCACCACCACCAGACAGCAAGGAUAUACGAUGGCAAGGAUCAUGGAGAUCAACUGUUUUAGGUUUGUCCAGUGACCAAGGGACCAGAAUUGACUGCAGCAAUGUCUUUUCAGAUGUCCUUCACCGGCCAUUUGCCUGCAGUCAUGUCAUCCUUAACCGGUUCACCUCGCAUAUUCCCAAGGCAAACCAGAUCCGUCGCUUCGAGAACCUGACUUACGAUCAGUAUGCUGAGAAAUGGACUGAGCAGCCAUUUGUGCUUACCAAAUGCAUUCAGGAAUGGCCAGCAUAUGAGGAGUGGACUAUCGAUAGCAUGCUCCAGAUGUUUGCUGAGGUCGAGUUUCGUGCUGAGGCUGUUGACUGGCCAUUCGCAACCUAUCACACAUACAUGAAGAACAACAGCGACGAAAGCCCUCUGUAUCUCUUUGACCGGAGAUUUGCAGAAAAGAUGGGGAUCAGAGUCGGUAAGAAGCCAGGCGCUGCAUACUGGAGACCAGACUGCUUUGGCCCUGAUCUAUUCGAGGUUCUUGGAGAUGAACGCCCUGCCCAUCGAUGGCUGAUUGUCGGUCCUGAGCGAAGUGGCUCAACCUUCCACAAAGACCCUAACGCAACGAGUGCUUGGAACGCUGUAAUUCAAGGAUCCAAGUAUUGGAUAAUGUUCCCACCAGCUACACAGGUGCCCGGUGUUUAUGUUUCCGAUGACAGCAGCGAAGUCACCAGUCCCCUUAGCAUUGCUGAGUGGCUUCUCACUUUUCAUGAAGAAGCACGGCAGCUUCCUGACUGCGUUGAGGGUAUUUGCGAAGCGGGAGAGAUUCUUCAUGUUCCCAGCGGAUGGUGGCAUCUGGUGGUUAAUCUCGAGAGCGGCAUUGCACUUACGCAGAACUUCGUGCCACAGAGCUUAAAUCUUGUAUCAGAAGUUGUUUCCUUCUUGCGAGACAAGGCUGACCAGGUCAGUGGAUUCGAUGAUAAAGUCGCGGAUCCUUUUGGACUCUUCGUGGAGAGAAUGAAGAGCAGCUAUCCAGAAGUUCUGGACAAAGCCCUGGACCUGGCCGAUAAGAAGAUCGGGAAAAAACGUAAAUGGGAUGCUGCUGUUGGUGGAAUAGAUGAUGAACAAGAGCAGGAAGGAGGUGAUGGUUUCAGUUUUGGUUUCGGGGGCGAUGGUGAUGAUGAUGAUGAAAUACCCUAGAAAGACUCACCCUUUCUACCCUUGCAAUUCAAUCCAAGUUGGCGACUUAUGACUCCUUUCUUAG